ACUCGGGCGCGGCGGCCAAUCGGCGGUGCUGUUGUUGUUGUUCCGGACGGGCCGGUGGGCCGAGGGAGAGGGAGAGGGGCUGCUCGGAGCCGGAGCCGGAGUGGGGGCCCUCGGCCGGAGGGUAGGCAGGCGGCUUCCCCGGGGGGAGAGGGCGCCUUCGCUCGGUUCCAGCUGCAGUGAAUGACGCCUGGUUGAUGUUAUAUUUUGUGUGAUGGAUUCAUCAGACAAGUCUGCUGCCCUGAAUGGGGAAGAAACUUCCUCGACCCUUAGUGAGUCUGGAACUGGGCCUGAACGCAAGCCCUGCCCCGGUGAGGAGGUGUGGGAUCAUACAAGGUGUGGCCGAUCGUCCAAGAAGCGAGAGGAGGUCUCGCCACCAACAGCUGAGAAGCUAGACUCCAACUCAUCGCCAAAGAAACGGGAUCAAUUAUCGCCUAAGAGACGGGAGCAGGUAGAAAAGUCUCCAAGGAAAAGUAAGACCCAUCGAAAGGUUGGGCACAGGCACGCACAUUUUCUACACGGCCCAUCACCUGAUACACAUUUUGGACCCAAAGCCUCCAUUCUGCAGAACUCUACUAGCAUUGUGCAUAUUCAGGAUCCAACUAGUCAAAGGUUAACCUGGGACAAACCGCCGACAAAUGUAUUGGUCAUCAAAAAAGUCAAGGAUGAAGCCCUUCUAGAGCCAUUCAAAGAGCUGUGCACUUUUCUCAUUGAGGAGAAGCACUUGGUUGUGUUUGUUGAGAAGAAGGUGGUGGAUGAUGUAGCGCUGGCUAAAGAUACAGACUUCGAGCGCAUCAGGCAACAGCUUAGCCCCUUCCGAGAAGGCUAUGAUGAGCUGUCGGGCUGCAUAGACCUAAUCAUUUGUCUUGGUGGUGACGGCACAUUGCUCUAUGCUUCCUCGCUCUUCCAGACCAGCGUUCCUCCUGUUAUGGCGUUCCAUCUUGGUUCACUUGGAUUCCUCACCCCAUUUAAGUUUGAGUCCUACAGAACAGAAGUGACCAAUGUGAUUGAAGGAGAUGCCAGGAUAAUUCUGAGGAGUCGCCUGAAGGUGAAGGUGGUUAAGGAUUUAAAAACAGCAGAGCGAGAGAGGAAGUACCAAGUGGAGGAUAACGGACUGGUCCCACAGAGUCACAUUGACAACGAGACACAAAAAGCCUUCAUGCAAAUACAUGUACUGAAUGAACUGGUGGUGGAUCGAGGUCCUUCUUCGUACCUCUCGAACGUGGACCUGUACUUGGAUGGGAGACUCAUCACUUCUGUCCAGGGUGACGGAGUCAUCGUGUCCACACCCACUGGCAGCACUGCAUAUGCUGCAGCAGCUGGUGCCUCUAUGAUGCACCCUAAUGUCCCAGCCAUCAUGAUCACACCCAUUUGUCCUCACUCCCUCUCGUUCCGACCCAUUGUGGUACCGGCUGGAAUGGAGCUAAAGAUAAUGUUGUCGCCUGACACCAGGAACGUGGCGUGGGUGUCCUUUGAUGGCAGGCGGAGGCAGGAAAUACAACACACUGACAGCAUUACAGUAACAACAUCCUGCUACCCAGUGCCAUCCAUCUGCUGCCACGACCUCGUGUACGACUGGUUUGAUAGCCUUGCCGAGUGCCUACACUGGAAUGUCCGCAAAAAACAGUCGCGCUUCGAAGAAAUCACGGAUUCUUCAGACACUGAAUGUUAGUCCAAAGUGUACAUCCGUUUUCCCAGUCUCCUUUCCCUGCUAUUCCCCGUUUUCUUUUUUAAAAGAAAAAACUCCAGUCCCUUUGAGUUGGGCUUCAAGGGGUAUCCAUCCCAUUUACAUCACUAACUGGAAGACCAUAUUGUGUAUCAGAUUGCAUUGCAUUGCAUAGUAACAUUUGAUCAGAUAUGAUUAUUUUGUCUUCCUCUCUGCAGAACCCCCAUCCCAUGCUCAGUUUCUUGUACCUUAGUCAUCUUGAAGGAAUGGUAAUGCCUGGAGUCAAAAGCUGGGAAGGAUAGUGAAAAUGCAUCGCCUCCCUUCACUCUGGACUAGAAUUUGGAUGUUACUAUUUUAUUGCCUUUCUUUCAAGGUGCCUUUUCAGUAAGUUAUCAGAUUUUACGAAAUGUGUCCUUGCCACAGAUGUAACGUAAAAAUGGAACAUUUUUGGCAUGUAGUCUUGGCUCAGUGAGUGACACUCUCACCUGAGUCAAAAGAUUGGAAUGAAGUCCCACUCCAGAGACCUGAACGCAAUCUAGUACCAUCGCUGAGGGAGUACUGCAGUGUCAGAUGUGCUGUUUUGGAUGCAUUGGUAAGCAAAGGUCCUGUGUUCUUUCUCUUGUGGGCAUAAAGGAAAUCUGUUACUUUGAAGAACAGGGGAUGUAUCUCCAUUGUCCUGCCAACAUUUAUUUUCCCCCAAUUGCCAUUGCUGAAACAGAUUCAUCAUUUUUGAUGUUUAUGGGACCUUGCUAAAUACAAAUUGACUUCUACGUUGACCAGUGACUGCACUUCGAAAGGAAUCUGAUAUAGAUGCAAAUUACAUCUACAGGUUGUAAGUUAUGCUAUUUAAAUGCAAGUAUUUACUUCCAAGAAAUGUCUUUCAGUCUGAUGCUUGCUAUGUUACUGACUAGCACAAACCAUUUUUAUCCUCAGUUGGUGAGUGAAGGAAAGCCAGUCACUGCCUUGUGUUCCAAGUUUCAACAUUGGGAUGUUAAUAUUGGCCACUUUCUGCCUUGUAUGGAGAGAUGCAAAUGAGCUAAUAUCCCCCCCAUCAACGUAACUUGCAGUCUGUAAAUGGGAUCAAGCACUGCACUCACGGUGAAAAUAGAGAAUUUCUAGAAGGGUUACUAUUUCAAAAAAAAAUGUCAUUCUUGAGGUCUGCCAUUUGUUUGCAACUUAGUCAAGUGAAACCUGUUGUGAAUUUGGUGGCCUGUUCUUGGUUUGUUUUAUUCAGGUUAAUUAAAUCAGUUGCCGCUCCAUUUAAGUGUGGGAUGAGUUCGGGCUGCAAUAUCAGCAAACCAGUCUUGCCUCUGGGAUCCAAACUUAAAUCCUGCCCAGACUGAUGGGAUACAAAUCUUCACUGUGGCCUAUGUGGCUUCUGCCCGCACUGAGAUUUUCGUCUGGUUUAGUUUCCAGUGUGCACAUCCACAACUUAAUUCAUUCGUCUUGGAUCCAGCUUGUGGAUGGAUGUUGUUCUGAGAGCAAGGAUGAGGGCAAAGGAAGAGCUAUCUUUGCUAAAAGCCCUACAGCUGGUAAAAAAUUUAGUGUUUGCAUUCGAAACAACAUUAGCAUCCUUCAAACUAAAGUGACUUCCAGCUGUAAUUGGCAUUAAUGUUCCUGAUUUAAAUUUCAGAUACCAUGUCAAAGAGAACCAAACCAGAAAUAACUUCUACAGUUUCAUAAUGGACGAAUGCACAUUAUAGUGAGGCAGAUGUUGAACUUGAUACACCCAUGACAUUAAAACACAGCUCACAUUUCCAGUUUAAGUAUAUGGAAUAUUAUACAAAAUUACCAAGACUUUUUCAAUAAACUCUUUUAAAUCUU